CUCGCUCGUCGACUAGGGUUUGAGGUUUUCGUGCACUUGAUUCAAAUUUGUUACCUCCGAGCGAAAGCUCUGAUUUCAGCCAGAUUUGGUCAAUGAUGCGUUGAAGAAUGGCUGCCAAUGUUUAUACACAAUUACGCAUUGCAUCACUGUUCACGAAAUCGAGAGAAAACUAUGUAGGCAAGACCUUGUGAGCUAGUGUCCGGGUAUCAGUUUCGGCCUUCUCAGGGGUUUAGUCUGGGCUGGCAGUCCAGUGCAGGCGUAAUGAAGGUCAAGGUGAUUUCACGCUCCGAGGAGGAAUUCACGCGUGAGCGUCGCCAAGAUUUGCAGAAAGUGUUCAGAAACUUGGAUCCAAAGCUUCACCCACAGGAAAGGGCUCAUGAGUACACUCGAGCCCUGAAUGCCACAAAGUUGGAGAAGGUCUUUGCAAAACCUUUUCUUGGAGCGUUGAGUGGUCACAGAGAUGCCGUUUCCAGUAUGGCAAAGAACCCCCGUCGCCUCAACUGCCUGCUUUCUGGUUCCAUGGAUGGAGAGAUUCGGCUAUGGGAGCUUGCUAAAAGGCAUGUAAUAAGUCAAUAUCCUGGCCAUAAAGGAGCUGUACGGGGACUGGCAGUCGCACCAGAUGGGGAUCAUUUUGUCUCUUGCGGAGACGAUUGCACUGUACGACUGUGGGAACUCCCUGCUGUGGGCAUUGCUACUCGUGAAGACGACGAAGCCCAAGAGCCCAUCGCAACUUUUCAAGGAAAGAAUGCUUUCAGGGCUGUAGAUUAUCAUUGGAGCAACGAUGUCUUCGCCACUGCAGGAGCUCAAGUUGAUGUCUGGGAUCCCAAUAGGUCUCAACCAACAAGUACUUUCUCUUGGGGAUCUGAUACAGUGAUAUCAGUGCGUUUUAAUCCGUCUGAACCAGAUAUAUUUGCAACAACUGGCAGUGACCGGAGCAUAGCAUUAUACGAUCUGCGGACGAGCACACCUCUGAGAAAAUUAAUCAUGCAGACCAGGGCUAACUCUGUGGCAUGGAACCCUCGAGAAGCCUUCAACUUCACUGUGGGAAACGAAGACUGCAGUUGUUAUAGUUACGAUAUGCGUAAUUUCAAAAUUGCGACCUGCAUCCACAAGGGUCAUGUGUCAGCUGUGAUGGACCUCGAUUUCUCUCCCACCGGUAAAGAAUUUGUCACGGGUUCCUAUGAUAGAACUGUCAGGAUUUUUGCGUAUAAUGGAGGACACAGCAGGGAAAUUUAUCACACGAAGCGUAUGCAAAGAGUGUUUUGUGUAAAAUUCAGCAGUGAUGCCACUUACGUGUUAUCAGGCAGUGAUGAUACGAAUAUUCGACUGUGGAAGGCUAAAGCAGCAGAGCAACUCGGAGUGCUUCUUCCGAGAGAGAAACAGAAGCAUGCAUACUCGGAGUCCCUGAAGGAGCGAUACAAGCAUCUCCCUGAGAUCAAACGCAUAGAUCGAUACCGACACCUACCCAAGCCAGUUUAUAAGGCCGGGAAAUUGAGACAGGCGGUUCAUGAUGCUGAGAGGAAGAGAGAAGACAGGAAACGAGCACACAGUGCGCCCGGUUCAAUGGCUCAUACCUCUGCCAGGAAGAAGCGGAUCGUGGCAGAGUUGGAGUAGGGCGUCCACUACUGUAUGCCAUUUUGUACAGUUUGGGAAGUGGAUCAGCAAUCAUGGGCAUAGCAUUUUUUAAAUUUAUCUUGGAAAUUACCUUCGGAAGUCGAAUUUGACUGACCUGAUGGUGUCGUAGCUUGUAGGAAGAGGGUUGAAUGUAUCGAGGCUUAGUACACAAUUUUUUCCAUCUUUAGUGCGAAAUAAAGAAAUUCAUAAGUAUGGAUCGAAUCGCACCAGGAGUUGGAAUGUU